GGAGUUGGGAAGGUUCUUCUAAUUUUCUCUUUCCCCACUUCCUAAUUUGUGAGUGGUGGCCUAACAGAGCGUGGGAUUUCAAGAUAGUUGAGAGAAAUAGGAUUGGGGUUGAGCCUUGUCUUUAAGCUAAAAUAGCACCUCUCCUACCUCCUCUAAUUCUAUUAAAUGUUGCCCGACUAUGGCAGAAGUGAGAGCUUUUAAAACACUCUAAAAAUGCCAAACAGGACUUGAAACUGCCAUAAACCAAAUGAAAUAUAAGGGAGGAAAACCCAGUGACACCAUUCACCUCAUAUUCAGGAAAGUGCCAAAUUCAAAUCUCAGAGGAAGAGGAGGUCACAAUCCUUUCUAUCUGCAGUUCAGUCACCAAGGCCAAGUCCUGUCAAGUGGCCCAGUGAGAAUGGACACAGCCAUUCCAUCAAUCCGUUGGGUCCCAGAACAACACAACAGAGUCGGCAGACACCAUUCCUGCUUUUGAGAAGUUUACAAUUAGGCCACUCUUUCCUCUCCUAGACUAACGUUGAUCUCACACUAUCUAUCUCCCCUAAUUCAUCUGCCCUGGACAUCACUCAGGAGUUUGGGUAACCAAUGACAUCACUGUAGAUGACCUGACACAAUAGACAAUGGCCCCGUGACUCUUAAUCUUUGGGGUGUAUCAGUAGUAUUUCAGUUCACUUGAAGAACAGCAUGAAAAACGGGACCACAUGAACUGGCCCAGGAGGACGAGCUUAGCCACCUUCCCCAACCUCCCAAUCCGACUCACCAAAAGGAUGUUAUCCUUGAAGAAAAUCAAGUGGAUCACGUGCAGCUACUUCUGGUUCCUGUUCUCCCCGGCUCAAACCUGCCGACAGAAGAAGCUGAUUCACAAGCUCCAGGAGGAACGGGCCUUCCGGUGGGAGGUGCAGGGCUUCCGGGAGAAGAUUCGAACCUUUAGGGAGCAGAUGUGGGCCUUCCAGGACAGGAUCCGGGGUUUCCGGGAACAGAUCUUGUACUACCGGGAUGAGGAAACACCUUUCUGGGAGGAGGAGAAAGCCUUCUGGAAGGAAGAGAAGGUCUUCUGGGAAUUGGAAGAGUCCUUCCGGGAAGAAGCAAAGGCUUUCUGGAAGAAAUACCGAGCCUUCUGGAGAGAUGAUGUGACUUUCUGGAAGGAAGACGGUGCUCUGUGGGAGAGGGACCGGCGUCUUCUCCAGGAAGACCAGGCUCUGUGGAAAGAGGAGAAAGACCUCCUGGAAGAGGAAAGGACACUUCUGGAAGAGGAGAAAGCCCUAUGGGAGGAUAAGAAAUUAAUCUGGGAGGAGGAAAAUGCUCUGUGGGAGGAAGAAAAGGCAUUCUGGGUGGUGGGUGGGCAGGCUGCAGAACAGUUACAUGAACCAGGGGCUUUCAACUGUAACGGAGCCCAGAACCUGCCAGGUUGGAGCAGAGGUAGAGCCUAGGCACCGAGGCAGGACAGUGUGGGCAGAGCCCUGCUGGGCUGAGAUCCAAAAGCAAAGGGCUGCCCUCGUUGGAGAAGCUCUGUGCCUAAUCCUAAGGAGGCAUCUUGAUCCUGGAAUCCUAAUAAAAUCCUGUGGAGAAUUUGGAACAAAA